AGUAGUGUGCGGAACAGGGGAAGAGAAGACAAAAGACGAGGAGAACAUAGAACUGUUUGUCAAGCUUAAUUUACAGGCAACAGUACAAGAGAGGGGGAAGAGAGAGAGAGAGAGAGAGAGAGAGAUUUUUGGACAGAGAAUUCUGUUGUUGAUUCGGUUGGUGUUGAACAUCUAGGGUUCCGAUUGGUUUCAUUCACUGGAUGGUCCGAUCAAUCUGUUGCAGGUGAGUUGGUUUGAAUCUUUAACCAUUGUAAUUGAAUUGAACAGAAAUUGUGAUAUCUAAUUCAAUAGAAUCGAUCGUAUAGGUGUAGAGUUACUGAGUUAGUGUAAUCAUCCGUGUUCUAUAGCACUGAUAAUCGAUGUUUAAUCAUGUGAGAGAGAGAGAGAGAGGGAGAGAGAGAGAGAGAGAGGGAGAGAGAGAGAGAGAGAGAGAGAGCUGUGUAUGUUGUAUGUGGUUGAUUCAUCAGCAAGUUUGGCUCGAGCUCGGCUCGUCAAAUUUUCAUUGAGCUCGAGCUCACCUCGAGUUCGUUGAAAAAUUUUCCGAACGAACCUGGAACUUCGGAUAUCCGGAAAGUUGCUUGAUAUCAAUGAGUUCCUUGAAUUUAUGAAAAAAGUUUGAAUUUUCUUUGACAAAAAUGAAUGAUUUGUAGUUCUCAUUUUGGGAAUGAUUUUUAGCUCUCAAUUUGGGACCGAACAAUGAUUUUGGGCAGGGGGAGUUUAUAUUAGCACUCUCUAUGUCCUGUUUCUUUUCCCCCACCUUUUGGACAAAUAGACAAAUAGACGUACGGUAAAAUGAAAACUUGAUGUGAACUUCAAAUGCCUAAAGCUCUACUUAUGUGCACGAAUGCUUAUCUUAUAUGUCUGGCAUUAUCCAUAUAUUUCGGCCUGAUUUUGAGCAUCAUGAUCUAGUAUUGAAGAGAUUCUGUCUCAUUGCUUAAAGUUGGGCAGGAUGUUUAAGAUGAGUUCAUAAAAGUCAAAAAGGACUGCUACAUCCGUUAUUACACACCACUCAUGGAGAGCAGCGAAAGGAGCGAAAAACUCUUCUUAGAAGGAGACAGCUAUGUUGGUAAUUUCAAGGGAAUCUUUCCCCAUCGCAGAGGUAGGUACACUUGGUCGGAUGGAACGGUGUACGAGGGUGAGUGGGAAGAGGGAAAAAUGACUGGGAAAGGACAGAUUUUCUGGCCUUCAGGUGCAACUUAUGAGGGUGACUUCUCUGGGGGUUACCUUCACGGUUUUGGCACCUUAACCUGUUCUGAUGGGUCUAUCUACAGAGGUGACUGGAGGAUGAAUGUUCAACACGGACUUGGUAGAAAAGAGUACUGUAAUUCUGAUGUUUACGAUGGUUCAUGGAAAGAGGGAGUGUAUGAAGGCAGUGGUUGGUAUUCAUGGAGUAAUGGUAACACGUAUAUUGGAAAUUGGAAGGGUGGGAAAAUGUGUGGAAGAGGGGUUAUGAAAUGGGAAAAUGGAGAUCGUUUUGAUGGGUUUUGGUUGAAUGGGUUUAGACAUGGUUCAGGAUGUUACAGGUUUGCAGAUGGUAGUUAUUAUUUCGGGACAUGGACUACGGGCCUAAAGGAUGGCCAAGGAACAUACUAUCCUGCUGGAAGCAAACAUCCGUCACUACGAAGGUUGUGUAGCUUUGACAGAGACAAGGGCAAGAGGAAAGAGUUGCUAUCUCAUAGUUCAUCCCAGGAUUUGCAGGACAGGGUUACAAGUCCUGGCGUCAAGCGUAGUCUUUCUGAGAAGAUUUCUAUUAGCAGUGUUGUAAGAGGUUCUGGUCGAAUAUCACACAGGACUGCAUCACUGGAUGGGGGUUCGAGUAGUCGCGAUUCCAUCAGAGAGUUUUCAUCUUGUGACACUUCACACAUGUUAUCUCAUUCCUCUGAUGGAGGUGAGCAUGACAUGCUGGAUAAUACUACUGUUGUAUUUGAUAGGGAAUACAUGCAAGGAGUGUUGAUUAAAGAGAGGAUUCGAAGAAGUACAUUCAAAAGUAAACAGCGGAGAAAACAUCAUACGAAAGAAGUGAAAAAGAGGUCAUGUGUGGACAUUUUUGAAGGUCAUAAGAGUUACUAUUUAAGGCUUAAUCUGCAACUUGGUAUCAGGUACACUGUUGGAAAGAUUACCCCAGUACCAAUGCGUGAAGUGAGAGCUUCAGAUUUUGGAGAACGAGCUAGAAUACAAAUGUAUUUUCCAAGGAAGGGCUCCCAGUUUACACCUUCGCAUCAUUCUAUUGACUUCUAUUGGAAGGACUACUGCCCUAUGGUAUUCAGGAACUUGAGGGAGAUGUUCAAGCUCGAUGCUGCAGAGUACAUGAUGUCCAUCUGUGGUGACGAUGGUCUAAGGGAACUUUCUUCUCCAGGGAAAAGUGGCAGCAUUUUCUAUAUUUCUCAUGAUGAUAGAUUCUUCAUUAAGACUUUACGAAGAUCUGAACUGAAGAUUCUAUUGAAGAUGCUUCCUAGAUAUUAUGAACAUGUACUAGACUAUGAGAACACCCUGAUAACAAAAUUUUUUGGCCUCCAUCAAAUAACGUUGCUAUGUGGGAGGAAGGUAAGGUUUGUAGUCAUGGGGAAUAUGUUUUGCACUGAAUUGCGAAUACAUAGUCGUUUCGAUUUGAAGGGUUCAACGUUGGGAAGAACCACAAAUCAGGAUGAGAUCAACCAGAAUACCACUUUGAAAGAUCAAGACUUGCCCUAUGAAUUUCAUAUGGACAAAUUACUCCGCGAGUCACUUUUUAAACAACUGAAGCUAGACUGCACGUUCCUUGAAUCUCAACAGAUAAUUGACUACAGCCUUCUAUUGGGAUUACAUUUUAGAGCUCCUGAACAACUGAAUGCGCUCUUGGAACCCCCCAAUGCACUGCUCAAGCAUCAAACCUCGCAUGAAACUGAUGGUUCAAACUCGCAAGAGAUCUCGAUUCCUCCAAAGGCUCUGCUCCUAGUUACUCAUGAACCCAGCUCUGUCAACACUGCUCCAGGACCUCAUUGUAGAGGGCAGACUUUGAGAGCAUUUUCGGUUGGAGACAAAGAAGUUGAUCUUCUUCUGCCUGGAACUGCAAGGUUGCGAGUGCAAUUAGGAGUGAACAUGCCAGCACAAGCAAAUCGCAAGCUUCUGCAGGAAGAGACCGAUUCAGUGGAGGUGGAACUCUUUGAGGUUUACGAUGUUGUUAUUUAUCUGGGCAUAAUAGAUAUAUUGCAGAACUACAACAUGAAGAAGAAAAUAGAGCACGCGUACAAAUCGCUGCAACAUGAUCCUACGUCGAUCUCUUCUGUCGAUCCCAAGACGUAUUCCAAGCGUUUCAUUGGUUUUCUGGAUAAAGUGGUUUUCCCUGAUCGGAAUAAUCCUGAAGGUGGGUAAAUUGUUUUUUGUUUUCACAAGUAUCAUGGUCGUAGAGCUGUGGUCUUCUGUAUAAUUAAGCAUGCUUGAACCGCGUGUAAUUUUUUUUACCACACACCAUAAAGCAAUGUUAUCGCAUUGUAUAUAUAUGCCUUCUGAUGAGUUUGUACAGCAAAAUUGGCACAUAGAGGGUUACAUGUAUCCAAUUCUUUCGUUUACCGUUCAUACAAGGAAAUAAAGCCGCAAUUAUUUGGUGAUUGUAGAUUCGUUCUUA